ACCAAAUCUUACUAGUACGUGGCAGCUACCAAGUGCUCACCACAACAGAAUCGGCCUGAGUCAUUGACCGGGCCGACCGGGAUACAAGUUGUUCUAUUCUUCUGUCUUCAUCGCACCGCGAUCCUUCUCUCUUCGACGACCCUUUGCUUCUGUCUCAGCUGAAGGCUUUCAUGAAAAACACCAAGCUUGCACCCGACUUCAACCACCAGCUUAGCACCCCAUCGAACCCCGAUGCCUCUCAAGCUCCGUCCAGCAACCGAAGCCGACUGUUUUAGGAUCGGCUGCAUCUCUCGGGAGGCCUUCCUCGGUUCGACUUCGAACGCCCUCUUUCCUCCCCACUUGUACUCCAAGUCCGAAACCGGUGAUCCCGCUCUCGACGAAUCGAAAUGGAGAGCUGCCAGAACUUUGAGACGAAUGAGAAACGGCAGCCCUACCUUUGUUGUCGUUGAGAUCCCCGAAGACGGUAACGCGGAGGGGACGGUGGUAGGAUACGCGCAAUGGGAUGCUCCUGCGGCAGCGUCGGCGCACGCAUCCAAAGGUCACUGGGAAGACGACAGAGUCCCAAGCCCUGGUAGUCUCAAUGAGGCCAAGCUGCUCGAGCUGUACGUAACGCUUGAGGCCGAGACGAAGAGGGUGCUCGGGCCGGAAGGACACAGCAACAUGUAUUACCUCUUGUCCGUCGCGGUCGAUCCCGCCCACCAGCGGCGGGGCAUCGGCAGGAUGCUUGUCCUCCACGGGUUGGAUUUGGCUGCCAAGGCAGGCUUGGAUGCGUUUCUACAUGCUACCCCUGAGGGCGAGGGCCUCUACCGUUCGCUCGGGUUCCAGCAGGUCGGGGAGCCGUUCGACCUGUUCGGCACUAAACACUUCUCGAUGUUGUGGAAGCACCAGAGCGCAGCGAGUCCAUAACCUCUGGAGUGCAACACAUGAACAAAUGGCCUCUGUCUACUGUCGUCCCAUGUGAGAAGUAACGUGUAUGGCUGUGGCGCUCCUGCCAAACGGGUAUCACGAACUUAUUCAACCAAGUCAGCUACUCAACUGAACUUUCCGCCAAGGGCCAGCUCUGUCGAGUAAUUCGAGCAAAGAUAUCGAUGUCUCGCCGGCGAACAUGAAGCCAGCAGAAACCAAAGCAAAGCAACACAUGUGCUCAUUCCCUGCCAGAAAACCUAACACAUGUCCUCAUUCCCUGCCAGAAGAUCUCCCUAUGCGGCCCCAACCGACUCUUUUGGGUCACUCUUCUCCG